GAAUUUUUAUCAAAAAGUUGAACUGGUGAUUCAAUUAUCGCUCACAUUUAGCUCGACAAUUCGUUAAUUGAGUAUACCCCUUUUGGGAUUUCAAGGAAGCAUGAAGAGUGGCAAAAGAGAUGGAUAUCCUGGGUCAGGCAUUAAGCCAUAUAGCUUGGUUCAUCAAACUCUAUGCAUCACGGAUAUUUCCUUUGAAACUAAAUGCUUAAUUGGAUAUGUGGAAAUGACAAUUCAGCCUCAUAUACCCAAUCUAAAGUCAUUUAAGUUAAAUUGCAAACAGUGUGUUUUAUAUAGUAUGUUGAUAAAUCAAAGGUGGGAUGCAACUUUUAGCUAUCACGAUCCAACUUUAGAAAUUUGUAAGAGAGAUUUUAAACAGCGUAAUUUAGACAAUUAUAAAAAUGCUCAUGCAAAUGCUUCCCAUUCGGUGGAUUCUACUUUGGGUAAUGGGGAAGUAACGGUUCAAAUACCUUCAGAUGCAUAUAGUGCAGGGAUGAUAAACGAAAUGAUGCCCUUCACUGUAACUAUUGAAUUUUCCCUGGAAGAACCAAGAGGAGGUAUGAGAUUUGUUGUUUCAAAUAUAGAUGGAACUCUUGUUGAACGAGGAGCCCAUCUAUAUACAUAUGGUAGAGAAAACUCUUCAAGGUUGUGGUUUCCUUGUAUGGAUUCGUUUAGUGAACUAUGUACUUGGAAAUUAGAAAUAACUGUUGAUAUGUACAUGAUAGCUAUUAGUAGUGGAGAUCUCAUUGAGACCGUUUAUACAAGUGAUUUACGACAAAAGACAUACCACUAUUACUUGAGUGUUCCAACUUCGGCUCCCAACAUUGCGUUGGCAGUUGGACCAUUUGAAUUUAUUGUGGAUGAGACCAUGCCGGAAGUAACACAUUUUUGUCUGCCAUCCUUGAAACCUCUAUUACACAAUUCCACAUCUAAACUAACAGAAAUAUUUGAAUGCUUUGAAGAUUUUUUAUCGUCUAGAUAUCCUUUUUCUUCUUAUAAACAAGUGUUCGUAGAUGAAGCCUAUGAUGAAUUCCAAAGUUUCAGCACUAUGUCCAUUUUUAGUCACGCUCUUUUACAUCCCCCUACAAUAAUUGAUCAAGUGCCUAUUAUGAGAAAUGCCAUGGCUAACGCUCUAGCAAAGCAGUUUUUUGGAUGUUUUAUCGUUCAACAAUCUUGGAAUGAUGCUUGGUUAACGAAGGGCAUUUCUGCCUUCCUGGCUGGCUUAUACUUUAGAAAGACAUUUGGUAAUAAUGAGUAUAAGCAUAUGGUUUUCGAGAAAUUACAAGCCAUUCAGAAUUAUGAAUUCAAAGUUGGAGGGAUUGUGUUGGAUCCGGCUGCCGUGCUUUCCCGAAAUAUGGAUUUGCAUUUUUCAACUGCAUAUGCUCAGACAACAUCUGAUGCCUAUUUAAAAGCUUAUGAAAAAAAAGCGUUUUUAGUUAUGCGUUUAUUAGAAUCUAGAUUGGGACCAGGAAUAUUUCUUCAGAGUUUAAAUAAACUGCUAUCUCUUGCAAUGACAGCGUCAAAUCAGAAAUAUCUAAAUUUUGUAUGGACCCCUAUGUUGCUGAGUACUGAUUCGUUUCUCAGAGGAAUAGCAACUGUAAGUGGAAAGGAUGUAAACACGUUUUUAGAUUUGUGGGUGAGACAGCCUGGAUUGCCAAAGUUUCACGGAAAUUUUGUUUUCAAUAGAAAGAGAAAUAUUGUUGAAUUAGAAAUUCGACAAGAUGUUCUAAACAAAGGAACUAUGAAAUAUAUGGGUCCAAUUACAGUCGCCAUACAGGAAUUAGAUGGAACUUUUAGGCAUACAUUUAAUAUAGAGGAAAAUAAACGUACUUUUGAAAUAACUUGUCACUCUAAAAGUAGAAGAAACAAAAAGAAAAAAAUUCCCUUGUCAACAAUGGAAGAAGUUGAUAUGGACUUGGGAGCAAUGGAUGCUGAUUCUCCUGUACUUUGGUUGAGAAUUGAUCCUGAACUUGAUUUAUUACGUUUUGUGGAUUUGGAACAGCCAGAUUACAUGUGGCAGUAUAUGUUGCGACAUGAAAGAUGUAUUAUAGCGCAAGAAUGUGCGAUAUCUUCCUUGGAAUCAUUUUCUACACCUCAGACUCGAUUAUGCUUGACGGAUUGUGUUGAAAAUGAUAAAGUUUAUUAUAGAGUCCGUAUGCAAGCAGCCUAUUGUCUUGUUAGGGUAGCUAAUCAGCUAGCUGCUAGUUGGUCUGGUCCACCUGCUAUGCUUGCUAUUUUUCAUAAACUCUUUGGUUCAUAUUCAUCUCCGAAUAUAGUCAGACGGAACGAUUUUAGUAAUUUCCAGCAAUAUUUCUUACAAAAGACUAUACCAGUUGCAAUGGCCUCCUCAAGGACGCUAAAUAAUAAUUGCCCUAGUGAUGUUAUGAAGUUUCUUCUAGAUUUAUUCAAGUAUAAUGAUAAUGCAAAGAACAAGUAUUCAGAUAACUAUUAUCGGGCUGCUCUUAUUGACGCCUUAGCAGCAACAAUAACCCCUGCUAUUACAACUGUGACGCUGAAUGGUAUGAGUGGACGACCUAGUACUGAACUAGUAUCGGACGAUGCUAAGAGGAUAUUGGAGGAAAUUGUAAGAUAUUUAAAUUUAGAGAAGCUUUUACCCUGCUACCACCGUGUAGUUACUGUUAGUUGCUUAAGAGCGUUAAGAAUUCUACAAAAAUUUGGACAUAUACCUAGCUCAGCAAAUAUUUUUAAAUCCUACGCGGUCAAAGGAAAUUUUAUCAAUGUAAGAUUGGCCGCGUUAGAAGCUCUAGUAGAUUUUAUGACUGCUGAAAGUAAUGUUGAGACUUUUGAAUGGCUUAUUGAUCUAAUUGAUAGGGACGAUGAACCUUACAUUACUCAUAGAUUAGCGGAAAUUCUUAUCGAAAAGCCACCGUUUACCAAAGAUAUCGAAUCAUGCCCGUUAUCUUCCGAAGAGAUAGUUGAUAAACUUUGGAAUAUGAUGAAUUGUAAGUUUCAUUACGAUUCAAGACUGAGAUGCGAUGUCGUUGAUUUAUAUCACAAACUGUUCGGUAGAAGGAGACCUGCUUGCCUGCCGAUGUCUGAUAGUACGAUGGUAAUUAAUUUAAAGGAAAGCAAAUUAGCAAGAACAGGCUUACCAGAUACAUCUCAGGUUUAUAUCUAAGAUUAUUUACAUAUGUGGUUUUAAUUAAUUUUUAAUUGCAUAAUAAAAAUAAAUAAAAAAUUUGUUAUAACAGGAUAGGAUUAGGCUUUUACAAAAAAAAUCGGUAAUAAAGAAUUUCGAUUUCCUCUUUAAAAAAUAACCACAAUAUUAUUUUUUUUAACUAUAAAUAGCGUAAUAAAAUUUUUUCGUUUAGGCUGAUGAUUUAGACUAUCAGGACCCAUUCGCUCUUGCAAGAACUCAUUCCGACAUCACUGCAACAAAUGAUAGUAAUUCAAAUCAAGGGUUAAAGAGAAAGUCCGACGAUCUGCCCUCGUUUGAUGACGAUUCUAGUAUGCCUAAGGUACGAAUUAAGGUAAUAAAACAAUUAUUUGUUAAUUCUAGAUAUUAUCUAAUUAUUUUGACAAAAUAAUUUUGUACAAGCAAAGAGAGAACGAUAAAUUAUUUUUAUCUACUUGAUAGAUAGAUUUGCUAUACAACUUUGAUUCUUUCCUCGUAUAAGUUAAAUUAUUUCUUGAUAUUUAUAUACUAUUAAAUAAUCCGUUGUUUUUUUACUUUUGUUAGCGGUUUCCCGAUGAUAAGUUGUCUCUAGAUACAUCUUUACCGAUAGAAGAAACUGUUGUAACAACCGAUGCUGAACCAAUUCCUCCUCCUAUUGAGGGAAUUUCAAUUGCAGCCUUGGUCGACACAGCUUCAAGAGGUCCAAAUCUUAGCGAAGAUUCAAAUUCCGAUGAAAGUCCCAGUAUGUUUUUUCAAAUCUUUUUUAUGUUUUAAAUAAACAAAAAAAAAUUCUUUUUUUGGUUUUCGAAAUUUAUAUAUGUACAUGUAUAUAUACAUAUAUAUUUAUACUUUACAUGCUUAUAUUUUAAACAGCCAAAGUAGACGGCCCUACUUCAUUUACACCGUCCAUGUUCACUCCAUUAGCUGAUAAUCCGUCUGCCGAAAGUUCAUCUCAUAAGCAUCACAAAGAUAAAAAGAAGAAAAAGAAGAAAAAGAAUAAGCAUAAACAUAAACAUAAACAUGCUAAAGAAGAAGGAAGGAGUGAUUCAUUAAGUUAAACUUAGAUACUAAAUCUCCUGAUGUAUUAUUUUAAAUAUUUUCAUUGUUUUUUUAAUACAUGGGCGUCAG